CGGACCGUCCGUCGGCCCCGCGGCUCCUUAUCUGGCGCUUCCCGUUUCUGACGGGUCCGGAUUGCCGAGGGCUGACAAUGCAGUUCUCUGUCCGGCUGGCAUCUCGAGGUAUUCUUGAAUUCAUCAGUGUGGCAGUGGGAUUAGUCAGUAUUCGAGGGGUGGACAGUGGCCUUUACCUUGGAAUGAAUGAGAAAGGAGAGCUUUAUGGCUCUGAGAAGCUCACUCCUGAAUGUGUCUUCAGAGAACAGUUUGAAGAGAACUGGUAUAACACCUACUCCUCCAAUGUGUACAAGCAUGGGGACUCAGGCCGGCGGUACUUUGUGGCACUUAACAAAGAUGGCAGUCCCAGAGAUGGGGCAAGGUCCAAAAGGCAUCAGAAAUUCACCCAUUUCUUGCCCAGACCGGUGGAUCCAGAAAGAGUGCCAGAGCUCUACAAGGACGUGUUAGCAAUCAGUUGAAGUCAACCACAGGAGAGGAACAGGAUCUUAGCCUCCACAUCCCAAAAGCAAGAGAAACUUCUAAAUGUUGAAAAUUAUUGAGAUCUAGAAAGCAGGCAUCAGUGAAGCUGUUUAGUGGUAGACAAACCUUCAUGCCUAAUCUCUGGAUUUAGGAGAAUGGAUCUUAAAGUCUAGUUGGCCAGCCUCUUUUAGGUUUGCUCAUUCUGUGCUAGUCAAGGAGAAGUUUGAACUGGACUUAACAAAACUGCUCUGGAUUACUUCAUCCUGUACUUGGAGCAUAAAUAAUUACCUAAAGUGAAUGGGAGUUGGGCUGUAGAUAACUAGGAGAAAAUGGCUAGUUAACAUCACUGACACCCAUGUGGAUGGUUAACAUGGAGCUUUGUGAAGACUAUGGUAACUGGGCAGCAAAAUCCGGAUUUAUUUUUCCCUUCAGGAUGGACCUAAUUUAUAUAUCUUCAGAGUGCAUAUAUUUAUUUUAAAUAUUUAUUUAUUACAGAGUUUAUUUUUUAUUGGUCUAUGAAGAGAGUUCAACCCUAUACUACAAUAAAAAUCAUUUACAGUGCCAAUAUUUACUCCCAAAGUAGUAUCAUUGUCAAAAAGGGAACAUUGCUACCCCAAAUGGUACAAAUGGAGCAACAUCUCUUAAAGGUUACAAGAUAAGAGAUUGGUGUUGUAUUUUUAUGCACACACUGUUUUCUGUUGAAUGGUCUUAUGUAGAAAGAGAUGUUGACUGCCUUAGGAACUAUGGGACUGCCCCCUAUAUUUGUACUGAAUUUAA